AACCUUUGUUCCCGCCAUAAUAUGCCUCUCAUAUAUCUAGCCGUGGCCAAAAUUUUCCCAGAUCUACUACUAUCACGCCAUGGACAUCGACCCGAGCUCCCGGAAGCGGAAACGUGCCUCUGCGACACCCACCCAAAGCAGAGCGCAGCUUCACCGGAACCGCUCCGGUCAACUCCGGUUCGAUCUUGCCCCGAGUGAUGAGGAACCCCACCCAGUACUCUUUCCCUUUCAUCGAACCAAUAGCACGAAACCCAAGCGUGAGCACGACGAGCCUCUUCGCCUUCUGAUGAAGGACCUUCGUGCCAGGCGUGUCUAUUCGCCUCCGCAGUCGUCCAACUCCAGUUUGAUCGAAGGCACGUUUCUCAAGUGGACUGCCGACGAUUCCGAUUGUACUGACAUGAAACUUGCCGAGGGCCCCGAUAUGGGGCUUUCUAGCGAGGCUCGGAGCUUCAAUCUAGGGAACGCUGAAUCCUUAGAAGAGAACAGAAAAUUGCAAGAUUGCAAGGGAAAUAACGACGGAUAUUGUCCAGAGAAAAUUGAUGGUUUGGAUGGAAAAGCGUUACCAACGACUCUACCUGAUUCCGAGGUAUGUGUUGGUUCAACUUCAAAGGUUAACGUAUGUGAAGCAGAUAUUACUUUCAAAGAUACACCUACAACGGGGAUAGAUAACACGAAGAAUGAUUCUUCUCUUGUGAGCCAAGUUUUUCUCAGACCACGUUUCCAGGGAAAGCUGUUCAAGAUCCCGGGUUCUGCCAAUUACAGAAGGUUAUGUACAUUUCUUAGAGAUAGCGUGAGAGAAGACUCUGGUACACCAAAAUUGGGUUUUGGCCAGAAAAAUGAGGGCGGUGAACAGGAGAAACAACAUCCUUUGGUGUCUCAAAAUCAAGAGGCUUCUAAAGAAGAACUCAAGACCGACGGUCGCACCACGCGUGAGGGAAAAUGUUUGAGUGAAGCGAAGGUGGAUCCCACUGCAGAUAAUGGUGUUAACGGUUUUAAAAGUGAUUUACCGAAUGAUGGCCUUAAUCAAUUGUCUAGCCACACGAAUGGUAAUGAAUGCAACGAGCCUAGUCAUAACAGUGCUUGUACCUCGGAGGAGUUUGGUUUUUUGAAUGAAAAAUAUAUUCUGACAACUCCUCCUAAUUCUCAUAUAUAUGGUAAUUCAGAGGUUAAUGCCAAACCCAUGGAUUUCACCAGAAGCACCCAAGGGCAUGCUGCUGAACUAUUUUCUUUUAAAGCUGACAAGGGGAACGAUUUCCUCAAGAGUAAAUCGGUGCCCAGACAGAACUUGCACAAGAAACUUUUCAUAACCCCAGGUUCUGUGAGCUAUAAAAGGUUGCUUCCAUUUCUAAUGAAUCUUACCAAAGAUGACUCUGAUACAUCCAAAUUUGAUCAUCAGACACAUAUUCAAGAUGAAAAGGAAGACGUGCAUCCAAAGAGGUUUCAAUUUCCUUUGUCAUCUCAAACUGAAGAAGCUUCUAUAGUUGAACACAAGACAGACAGCAGUCCCAUGCAUGGUGCAGUUGAAUCCAAUGGAGUGGAAGACUGUGUAUUAGUUUAUACUUCUAAUGAGUUAUCUCAUGUCAAGCAACCAAUAUUGACACCUCAAGACUUGCCUGAAUUGCCAAUCCAAUGGGACUCGAAAGAAGGGGUAUGUGAGGGUCUAUCUGCUCCCUCUGUCAACGAACUUAUGGAGAAAAUUGUUAAAGACGAUGAAUGCUUGACUGCUUCAGAACUUAAUCCAUGUUCAAUAACGGAGGUUGAUUUUCACUCUGCUAAGAUAGUUGCAAAUGUUGCGCCAAAUGAGGAUCGCCAGGAAUCCAGACGACACAAGAAUGAGUCACCACUCAAAGAUCAAAUUGGACUUUUUGUCAACAGUGAUGUCUCUGUUGAUGAGAACGUCACAAAUCACGUCCGGCUUUCAAAUGAUUUACCCCGAUCACUAUCUGAGAAGAUUAUCUCAGGCAAAUCUGACAUGGGAGGACACAGUGGUGACAAAGUUGGAAGUAUGCCGAAUGACAUAGUUAUAUGUUCAACGAUGCCUUCAGAAGGUAGUAAUAACAAUGCUAGAGAAAUAAAAAAUGAGUUUGAAUCCAAGAUCACAUCGAAACAGGUUCUUAGACGUUGUCUGCAGUUUAAUUUGUUGAAACAGGCUGGAUCUUUAAACUGCAAAAGACUGUUUCCAUUUUUAUUGAAUAGUAAUUCUGGUACUCAGCAUCAAAUAGGAUUAAAAAAUGAUAGUUCAAGCCAAAAAUUUCAAAUUCCUGAAUUUCAGUCAUCUCGUGAUUCAUGGGAAGUGACUCAACUGCAAGAUGAACAAGUUCCAUCAAAUGGACUCUGCAAGACCGAGAGUUCUACUGAUCCAUCAAUUUCUGAUCACGAAAUAGAAUUGCCUGUCAUAACAAAAGAAAAAACUUCACCUCCCUUGUCCAAGUCAUCAAUUUUCUCCGAAAUUAGAGGAACUAGUUCUUUUCUGAUAUCUUGUGGGAAACAACCUGAGACACACAAAUGUGGUCAGAGUUUGUCUCAACUGAAAGUCGUAGGACAACUUGGAGAUCCUGCUGUUGGUUUCAGAAAAGGAAUUUUAAAAAGAAAUCCAAGGGGAUGCCGAGGACUUUGCACAUGUUUGAACUGUGAUUCUUUUCGUCUUCAUGCAGAAAGAGCAUUUGAAUUUUCUAAAAAUCAAUUGCUAGAUGCCGAAGUGGUUGCCCAUGACCUUAUGAAGGAACUAUCUCUUCUAAGAAAUAUGUUAGAAAAAUCAGCUGAUAGUGUCAACAUCAAUCCUGUUUUCGAUGGAAGCCAGGUUAGAGAAGCUUGCAGGAAAGCAUUUGCAGCGGAAAAAACUGCGAAGGACCGUCUUAAUCAGAUGCACGAUGAUCUCAAAACCCAUAGCAGAAUAACAAGCUUGAAGGAACCAAGGGUGACGUUUGCUCUUGAUGAUGAAGAAAAAAUCAUUCCACCGGGGCGGUAAUUGUCCAACCAUAUUGAUGUUUUGAAACUGGAAGAGUGCCAUAGUAAAGCUCGACGAGAAGAGAAUUACUGAUUUAUUUUCGAAAUUUCUUACUGUAAAUACGAAUUAUUAACGUUUUAGCAUGCUCUAUUUCUUUUAAUAUAUUUUUAUUUAUUGAACUUAAAAAGUCAUCAAUUUAAUGAUUGUAAAACUUCUA